AUGACUCUUGCUGUAGCCGUAGGUUGUCUCACCCACAUGCCAAUGCUGCCAACCUCCAACUGUACCUCUAAAAAAUUAGUGAUAAUUACCAUAGGCGAAUUAUAUUUAGUGUUUCUUCUCGGAAAAUGCAUCGUUAACGAUAAAAAGAAAAGACAAGUUGAAAGAAAAAGAAGUAAUCUUGGUAGCACAGGUGCCGGAGGAGGAGGGUCUAAUCCUGGUACCACGAAAAUCAUUGAUCAGCGACCAGAAAAUGCUGAAGAUGGUGAAGUACUUGACAACAAUACUUUUGCAUUUGAUUUCACUCACAACGAGUGGUUGGUCAUUUUUCUUUUUCUCAUCCUGUUGAUGGAUUCGACAUGCUUUAAAACUAAUUAA